GCGGCCGGGCUCUGUGGCUUCAGGGCUCGGAAAGAGGGAGAGAGAGGGAGGGUGGCAAAGAGAGUGAGUUGGUUCCGCUGCCUGCCUGAGGAGAGAGGAGGGGUCCCGCUUGCCUGCGCCCUUCGCGGGCCGAGAGCGCUAGGCACCCGCGAAGCUCUCAGGCCUUCUGGCCCCUGGGGACCCCGCCCCGACGCCCCGCCGCCGGCCGGCCGGCCUGCGGCCUCUCUUCCCUUUGUGAGCGCCCCCUUCCCAGGGGUGGUGGUGGUGGUAGCGGAGGGUUGUGCGUGGGCCCGCCCGCCGAGGGGCCGCGGCGGGGGACCGACAGGGCCUCGGCUGUGUGAGGACGGGAGGCGGCCGAGGCCCGGGCCGGUUCCCCCGUAGCGGCGGCGGAUCCCGGCACUUCCCGCGCCAUCUUAACUGAGCCCAAGCGCUGAGGGCGCCUUCUCGACCCCUGUGGUCCCCUCGCCCCCCCCCCCCCCCCCCCGCCCCUUGUCGCAGAGCUUGGGCUGGGAGGCUCGCUGGGGCUCCCGGGGGGGGGGGCGGCGGUGUGUCGCCAGGCCCCCUCCUCCUCACUCCUCGCCUUCCAGCGUAGCGGCUACCCCAGCGCUGUAGGGGGCUGCGCUUGUCUACUCCGCCCCAGACCUGUCGGCGAAAGGAAAGAGAAGAAGGGAGGGAAAGAGAAACAUCAAUUGGUUGCCUCUCACACACACCCAACUGGGACCCAGAGAAAGAGGAAGGAAAAGAAAGAAAGACAUUGAUGUGAGAGAGAAGCAUUGAUUGGUUGCCUACCAUUUGCGCCCUGACUGGACAUAGAACCCCCAACCCAGGAUAUGUUUAUUGAUUUUAGAGAGAGAGGAAGGGAGAGAGAGAAAGAAACAUCGAUGUGAGAGAGAAACAUCGAUCGGUUGCCUCCCGUACAUGCCCAACUGGGGAUCGAACCCGCAACCUAGUAGUUUAUGCCAACGUGGCUUCAUUCAUACAGAUGAACCAAGGAUUGGGAUAGCAAGUAUAAAAUUAGAAACAAACAGCUGAUUGCCCAGCAGGAUGCCAUCAACUAACCGAGCAGGCAGCCUGAAGGACCCUGAAAUUGCAGAGCUCUUCUUCAAAGAAGAUCCAGAGAAGCUCUUUACAGAUCUCAGAGAAAUUGGCCAUGGAAGCUUUGGAGCAGUGUAUUUUGCACGAGAUGUGCGUACCAAUGAAGUCGUGGCUAUCAAGAAAAUGUCUUACAGUGGAAAGCAGUCUACUGAGAAAUGGCAGGAUAUUAUUAAGGAAGUCAAAUUUCUACAAAGAAUAAAACAUCCCAACAGUAUAGAAUAUAAAGGCUGCUAUUUACGUGAGCACACAGCAUGGCUUGUAAUGGAAUAUUGUUUAGGAUCUGCUUCAGAUUUACUGGAAGUUCACAAAAAGCCAUUGCAAGAAUUGGAAAUAGCAGCAAUUACACAUGGUGCUCUCCAGGGAUUAGCCUACUUACAUUCUCAUACUAUGAUUCAUAGAGAUAUCAAAGCAGGAAAUAUUCUUCUGACAGAACCAGGCCAGGUGAAACUUGCUGACUUUGGAUCUGCUUCCAUGGCAUCUCCUGCCAAUUCUUUUGUGGGAACGCCAUAUUGGAUGGCCCCAGAAGUAAUUUUGGCCAUGGAUGAAGGACAGUAUGAUGGCAAAGUAGAUGUAUGGUCUCUUGGAAUAACAUGUAUUGAACUAGCGGAAAGGAAGCCUCCUUUAUUUAAUAUGAAUGCAAUGAGUGCCUUAUAUCACAUAGCCCAAAAUGAAUCCCCUACACUACAGUCUAACGAAUGGUCUGAUUAUUUUCGCAACUUUGUAGAUUCAUGUCUCCAGAAAAUCCCUCAAGAUCGCCCUACAUCAGAGGAACUUUUAAAGCACAUGUUUGUUCUUCGGGAGCGUCCUGAAACAGUGUUAAUAGAUCUCAUUCAAAGGACAAAAGAUGCAGUAAGAGAGCUAGACAAUCUGCAGUAUCGAAAGAUGAAGAAACUCCUUUUCCAGGAGGCACAUAAUGGACCAGCAGUGGAAGCACAGGAAGAAGAAGAGGAACAAGAUCACGGUGUUGGACGGACAGGAACAGUGAAUAGUGUUGGAAGUAAUCAGUCUAUUCCCAGUAUGUCCAUUAGUGCCAGUAGCCAAAGCAGUAGUGUUAACAGUCUUCCAGAUGCCUCAGAUGACAAGAGUGAGCUAGACAUGAUGGAGGGAGAUCACACAGUGAUGUCUAAUAGUUCUGUCAUCCACUUAAAACCUGAGGAAGAAAAUUACAGAGAAGAAGGAGAUCCUAGAACAAGAGCAUCAGAUCCACAGUCUCCCCCACAAGUAUCUCGUCAUAAAUCACACUAUCGUAAUCGAGAACACUUCGCUACUAUACGGACAGCAUCACUGGUUACAAGACAAAUGCAAGAACAUGAGCAAGACUCUGAGCUUAGAGAACAGAUGUCUGGCUAUAAGAGAAUGAGGCGGCAACAUCAAAAACAGCUGAUGACUCUGGAAAAUAAGCUGAAGGCUGAGAUGGAUGAACAUCGCCUCAGAUUAGACAAAGAUCUUGAAACUCAACGUAACAAUUUUGCUGCAGAAAUGGAGAAGCUUAUCAAGAAACAUCAGGCUGCUAUGGAAAAAGAGGCUAAAGUGAUGGCCAAUGAAGAGAAAAAAUUCCAGCAACAUAUUCAGGCCCAACAGAAGAAAGAACUGAAUAGCUUUUUGGAGUCCCAGAAAAGAGAAUAUAAACUUCGAAAAGAACAGCUUAAGGAGGAACUGAAUGAAAACCAAAGCACUCCAAAAAAAGAAAAACAGGAGUGGCUUUCAAAGCAGAAGGAGAAUAUACAGCAUUUCCAAGCAGAAGAGGAGGCUAAUCUUCUUCGACGUCAGAGACAAUACCUAGAGCUGGAGUGCCGUCGUUUCAAGAGAAGAAUGUUACUUGGACGCCAUAACUUAGAGCAGGACCUUGUCAGGGAGGAGUUAAAUAAAAGGCAGACCCAAAAGGACUUAGAGCAUGCCAUGCUACUGCGACAGCAUGAGUCUAUGCAAGAACUGGAGUUCCGCCACCUCAACACAAUUCAAAAGAUGCGCUGUGAGUUGAUCAGAUUGCAGCAUCAAACGGAGCUCACUAACCAGCUGGAAUAUAAUAAGCGAAGAGAACGAGAACUAAGGCGAAAGCAUGUCAUGGAGGUUCGACAGCAGCCUAAGAGCCUGAAGUCUAAAGAACUUCAAAUAAAAAAGCAGUUUCAGGACACCUGCAAAAUCCAAACCAGACAGUACAAAGCACUGAGAAAUCACCUACUGGAGACUACACCAAAGAGUGAGCACAAAGCUGUUCUGAAACGGCUCAAGGAAGAGCAAACGCGGAAGUUAGCCAUCUUGGCUGAGCAGUAUGACCACAGCAUUAAUGAAAUGCUGUCCACACAAGCCCUACGUUUGGAUGAAGCACAGGAAGCAGAGUGCCAGGUUUUGAAGAUGCAGCUACAGCAGGAACUGGAGCUACUGAAUGCCUAUCAGAGCAAAAUCAAGAUGCAAGCUGAGGCACAACAUGAUCGAGAGCUUCGGGAGCUUGAACAGAGAGUCUCCCUCCGCAGGGCACUCUUAGAACAAAAGAUUGAAGAAGAGAUGUUGGCUUUGCAGAAUGAACGCACAGAACGAAUACGAAGCCUACUGGAGCGUCAAGCCAGAGAAAUUGAAGCUUUUGACUCUGAAAGUAUGAGACUAGGUUUUAGUAACAUGGUCCUAUCUAAUCUCUCCCCUGAGGCAUUCAGCCACAGCUACCCAGGAGCUUCUGGUUGGUCUCACAACCCUGCUGGGGGUCCCGGACCUCACUGGGGUCAUCCCAUGGGUGGCCCACCACAAGCUUGGGGCCAUCCAAUGCAAGGUGGACCCCAGCCAUGGGGUCACCCCUCAGGGCCAAUGCAAGGGGUACCCCGAGGUAGCAGUAUGGGAGUCCGCAAUAGCCCUCAGGCUCUGAGGCGGACAGCUUCCGGGGGACGGACGGAGCAGGGCAUGAGCAGAAGCACGAGUGUCACUUCACAAAUAUCCAAUGGGUCACACAUGUCUUAUACAUAACUUAAUCAUUGAAAGUGGCAAUUCUGCUGGAGCUGUCUGCCAAAAGAAACUGCCUACAGACAUCAUCACAGCAGCCUCCUCACUUGGGUACUACAGUGUGGAAGCUGAGUGCAUAUGGUAUAUUUUAUUCAUUUUUGUAAAGCGUUCUAUUUUGUGUUUACUAAUUGGGAUGUCAUAGUAUUUGGCUGCCGGGUUUUUUUGGGGUUUUUGGUUUUUUUUAAUUUUUGGAGAGAUUUUGAAAAGGAAUUGCGUGUGCACACACACGUGUGCAGUAAAAAGAAAUUGGCUAGAUAGGUAUUUUCUGAACACUGUAAAAAUAAAAUACAGCAAAGUGGCUUGAGUCAUCACUUUUGGGCAACUAUAUCCUAAGAAGUUUGUGAAAAGAUCUAAAACCUUCUCCAUACCCCUAAUUCUUAUGAGCCACUCACAGCAGGCAACAUAUGCUGAAACAAGUUAUGGAAACACACUUGUAUUCCCUCACCAAUGUAUUUUCUUUAUUAAAUUGGUCUGACUUCUCAGCCUCAUUUGGAGUAAAAAAGUGGAAAGCCAUGAAUACUAAAGGACAUUGACUUUUUCAGAGAGUAGAAAACAACUUAGUUCUUUUUCUGAAUGCUGCAUAGGCUUAUCAGUGAUACUUUUUUUCCAUUCAAUUGUGCCUUCUUUGUGGCAUGUGAGAUGGAGGUGCUUAAGGAGAUCCACAAGUGGUAUGGAAAUUGCAUCAGCAAACCUAUAAGCCUUCAAAGGGGAAGACCAGAGGGUUAGCGAGAGGUCCCUGAAAGUUCAUAUGGUAGGUAUGUUAGCAGCAGAGUGAGGAGGUGAAGCCUAUAUAUCCUGAUGUUUUGUUGCUUAUACUGUGAUAUUUCAUCCUAGCUAACUUCUGUAGCUCUCAAAACCCCAAACAGUACUUUUACUUUGUACAAAAACAAAGCAUAUAGCCAAUACACAUCAAAUGCCAGAGGUAUUUGAAUGAUGCCAUAUUCACAAACUGCCAUUUAUUGGAAUUCUCAUCACACUACAAAGACAUUAAUUUGAUUACCCCUUUUUGGCUUAUGGGAUUUCCUGUUUACACGUAGAAUAGCCAAUUAUUUAAAGUUUAGUUGCCAUAGUGAACUAGGAGUCACUGAGCCAAUGACUUUACCAGCUGCUGACUAAUCCUCACUACCACUGUAAAUUUUGCUGCAUGUGCAGG